GGCUCACGGAGGACGACGARAGGAAUCUACAAGCCGACAAGAUGAGAUCCAAGGCGAGGGCGAGAAAACUGGCCAAAAAUGACAGUGAGCCUAUGGACAGCAUGUAUGACACAGAAGCCGACCUCCCGCGUGCAGCAGCAGGCAGUAGAGGUGGUCACGAAAGCCCAGAUGACGACGCAGACGACGGCAUCAUUAACAUGUCUCCUUUGCCCUCACCAACUCCAUCCCAUCCAAACAACAACCACCACCACCACCUGCUGCACCCUCACCUCUACACAUCCCACCACCUCCACAACAGUAGCAGCAGCAACGACCAGGACUUCACCACACCCAAGGAAGGCUCCCCCUACGAGGCGCCCGUGUACAUUCCUGACGACAUUCCCAUUCCCAGUGAGCUCGAACUGCGGGAGUCCUCCAUGCCCGGUGCUGGCCUCGGCAUAUGGGCUAAAACCCGCAUUUGUGCUGGCGAGAGGUUUGGUUUGCACAACCCAAAGCAUCCAGGGCCCACAGGCAAGGACAACUCUUUUGGAUGGGAGGUGGUGGAUGAAAUGGGGAGCGUGAAGUUUGCACUGGACACAGGCCCUGAUGCCAACAGCAACAACUGGCUCAAAUACGUCCGCUCGGCCCCGUCGUUUGAGGAGCAGAACCUUGUCGCUUGUCACCUCACGGGAGACCAGGUGAGUGACUUGGCAACACUUGGAUCUGUGGUCUACUUCAGAAAAAAAAAAUAAUUGCACUAAUCUGUCAUUGAAAGGCAGUGAUGAGUAGGAGAGAAGCCGUUAUGGUUUAUUAAUUGUGCGGUUGAUAUGUGUGAAUUGCUUCAUCUGUGUGUGUGUUUAUUUAUUGUUGAGAAAUGUGUGUGUGCUGUAAUGAACAAGGGCUGGUUUUAUUUUUUGUCUGAUGCUGGGCUACUUGCCACUGCUGUUGAGAAAUGACCAAACUGAAGAGCUGAAGAAUGAUCUGACACUCAUCAUUUAUAAGAUAAUCAUUKUUUAAGACAUGUCUCUGUUUUCUGCUUUAUAGUUUUGUUCCAUUUAAAAAAAAACGGCCAAGACAUUGAAUACUUUUGGAAAAAUGCCCAGCCGUUGCUCAUAAAACUCCAACUGCUUAACUAGGUUCUAACCCCAACCUCAUGCAACGUGUGCAUCGCAACUUACUGCUGCAAUUUAUUACCAAAUUUCUCAGCCGAUGGUGUCGUUCUGCUUAAACUUAACUCACAUGGAAGUCUUACUUCAAUUUGAACUUUUAUGGGAACUCACAUUAAGCUGUGUAAUGGGCAAUGAUGAAAGCUUUGAGACAAACAAAGCAUCCAACUUUAAAAGGUGUAAUGAACAAAAGACCAGGGCACGAUGUUAUGUGACGGUGGUAUGACAGUAGCCAAAUGCAUUCAUAUGGCUCWGCUGUGCGUUUCCACAUUCUUGUCACUCCACUCUUAUUUGUUUGCUAAUCCCUGCCAACACGGCUCAAUCGCCUUCCUGUCUCAGUCUCAGGCCACUCGUUCCUUGCUGACUUCCCUCUGUCCUCACGUCUCGAUCUGCCACCUGUCACUCUGUCACACCGAGAAGACACGGCCAAAAGCUUCCAUUAAGGCUUCAAACAUUAAGUGUCACCGAUCAGGAGAAAAGAGGGGCCUGGACCAAGUAUAAGAGAGGUGGUGGUGUGUGGGGAGGUGGGGUACACGCAGGGGCCUCCAAGAUUGACAAGCACCAAUUGGCUGGCAACACCAACCCRCCUAAUCCUUUUAAGAUUUUCACAUCAGUGCCCCCUGCCACUGCCACACAAUGUCAAAAAAAGAAUCAGGGYACCGGAGAAAAUUGUGGAGAAUUAUCGGACCGAGAAACGGCCACGUGCACGAUUGCUUUGUGGUGUGUUUCGCGCUUGUUUGUUCUUAGCGAAAGGCUUCGCUUUUGUUUGCCUGACCAGUUGCUUGGUAUAGUGGUGCACAGGUAUGACCCUAUAAUUUAUUUACAAACACUGCUCAAACACACACACAUACACAGCCACUCAGCAAUAAAAUGUAUAAUUUAACAGACCAUUCUGUGAUUUUUAUUUUCUCUUUUUUUAUGCGCGUGCGUAUCAGCAUGCACAAUGCAUGAGUUUUAUGGAAAUACAUGCACACAGGGCAAAUUCAUAUGUAGGCAGCAACCUUUUAAAAGGGAAGUGGAGAAUUUAUUUGUUUGUUUGUCAUUAAUGAUGCAAGAUGAAAAAAAUAAUCAUGCAUAAUUUAGAUAUUUAUGGUCAUGAAGCGUUUUGAUGGGAUUUUGUAUUUUAGAUGCCGUUUUUGCAGAAACGUGGGUGUUGGGAGUUUUUUUGUUUGCUG